UUCAGGUAAUAGAAGGAAUGAGGGAAGAAAGUAUAAAAAAAGAAGAAGAUACGACUACAGCCAUUUCUGACGUUGAACCGAAAAAACUUUUACAAGGAGAAGAUUUAAUAAGAUAUAAAAAACGUGGAACCAUAUUGCAAUCUAGACCAAGUAUAUUUCGAUUACCAAAAAUCUCAAUCGAUAUGGAAGCAGAAACUUCUUCGAUCGACAGCCAGAAAAAAAUUCAGGUAGCCCUCCUUCAACAUGGCAUCUUAUAACACGGUUAUUGUAUAACAUUUAUAAUAAAUAUACAGCCAAUCAAAGAUAAACGAACGACGAUCUCGGAAGUGUUAAUACUUAAAAAAAGAUUCGAAAAAUCGGAUGAUAUAGCAGUGAUGAGUUUGCAAAUCGAUGUUUAUCCUCCAUCAAUUUUAUCAUUAUACGAAGCAAAAGUGAUAGCCUGUGUCCUUGAGGAAUGCGUUAAUCAUUUAGCUAUCUUAAGAUAUGCUAUACCAGCGGAGAUCAAUGAUCUUUGGGACGAUAUUGUAAAACCCAUAAAUGAAAAAUACGAUAUCUCGAGGGAUCCUCAUAGAAUAUUCAGGAAGGAAGCUAAUUUGCCACCAUUGACGUUGUCAGUGGCAGAAAAACUUCAGAGAGACAGGUUCGUAUUUGUCGUUUGUGAAUUAAUAGUAAUAUAUUUCUUUUUUUUUUUUGUUAUCAACACAUAUCAACAAAUUUGGGAAGAAUAUUUCAGAACUUACAUGCACAAGAUUUUAAGUGAGACACUCGAUGAGAUCAAACGUUUUCGAAAAUUCGAAAGACUCGAACAAGAAGUGAAUAAUAUCGCGAAAAUGUUCGAGGACGAACAUGAUCUCGAAGAAAAUUGUAGGAUUUGGGAGAAUCAAGUUAAUCAAUUACGAGAAUUGAUCAAAGAUGAAACUAGCAGAAAGGAACGCGAGAAAAGAGAAUUAAUAGAAUUGGCUCAGAUAACAAAUGGAAAAGUCGACGAUACUGUUUACGAGAUAGCAUUGAAAAUGAGUUACGUUGAAAAUUGGGAAAAAGCGAGAUUAACUCAACAAAAAUUGAAACACGACGUAGAAGAGCAAAAUCUUUUGAAUGAAUUGAACGAAUAUCGAAAGGAACAAAGCUUGGAGGAAAUAUUUACUGGAAAACUUUGUUCAUACUAUGAAGAUAAUAUUAAAACUAUGGAGAAUGAAAUGAAUAAGUGGAACAAACGAUAUGAUAAUAAGAUCGAACAACUACAACAUGAGAUAGACAAUUUAAAGGUCUUUUUUUCUAUUUGUUCUUUUUGUUCCUUUUUCUUAUCGAGUUUGUUGAAUAAUUUUCUUACGUUCGUUCAAAAGGUAAAAGUUGAAGAACAGAAAAUCGAAAUUCAAGAUUUGCGUAUUAUGAAAGACGAGAGGGAGGCAAUAAUCAAUGCAAAUCUAGCUGAAAUUAAAAGAUUAGAAGAGGAAGCUAAGUAUCAAGCGAUUUUGGAUCGUGCUGCUACGAUUAUUCAAACAAUAUGGAGAGGAUAUAUGGUAAGACAUGAAUUGGGUGAGUACAAUGAUCUUCAAGUACGAUUACGUAAGAGAAAGAAAUUGGCAGCGGCGAAAAGGAAGAAAUUGAAAAAGCGAGGAAAGAAAUUUACAAAAAAAUAGGUGAAAG